AUUUUGUCCACCAACGUCGACAGUGCGCGAGAGAUCUUUUCUUGAGUCUUCCUUAAGCUCCGUAUGCUCAUACUUGUGUUUGUUCCUUAUGCUUUACGACUCUAUGAUCUUCCACGCAAUUCUUUCGCUUCUGUUCGGCGCUCUUGUGCGGGCGUCUCCGUUUGACCUUCCUCGGGAGACUCCCGGAUUAGUGAUACCCAGUUCGAUUUUCCUGCGACAACGGGACGUCGAUCCUACAUUCCCUUCUUCUCCUGCGUCCUGUCCAAUUUGCGAAGCGAACUACUCCUCAAUACAGAACUGUGCCGAAGCUUCUCCCGUCUUGGCCAAUUUUACAACUAUCAUUUUCAAUCCUGGAGCGUUCAUCGCUGUCAUUCAAUGCUCCUGCACGGAAACUUUCCAAUCUGUUUUUCCCCAAUGCGUUGACUGCUUUGAGCAAACGAAUCAGACGGAUGUUCUUGGCGCACCGGAUCUUCCUAGUGUUCUUCAAGGAAUGAGGAACAUCUGUGCUUUGGAGAGCACGCUCCUAGGAUCAGCAGCAGCUACUGACGGUGAAUUACCAUCUAGUACGGGCGCUUCAGCUAUUCCUACAACCACAGCUGCUUCCAAUUCCGAAACCAGAAGUCAAGCGCUGCCUAGCAUACGGAGGUCUUUUGCGAUAAUCAUAGUGACAAUUGCUGGACUCGGAUUUGCUCAGGUAUCGCUGUAGUCUAGUGGAAAUUUCGUUCCGUUCUCCUGGGUUCGGUUUGGGGAUUACUUCUAUUGUAUCCUAUUGUAUCUGUUUCGACGACAACUAACGAUCUGUUAUGAAGCAUUAAUGCACGAUUUCAUGAAGUAGUAUCAAGAUUGAAAUGUCACUGUUUAUUGAUUUA